AUGACUGGAAUAGCACCGCUGCCUGAUGGCACAUCGGAUUUUGGCCACUUUGCGAGCAAUGAAGAGGAGGUGUUCGAACUCGAAGAAGCUGCAGAGCCAUGGAGUAUAUACGAAAUAGAAGAAACGCCGAAUGUUUUCUAUCCCAUUUAUCUCGGAGAAGUGCUUAACGAGAGAUAUUUGAUUGAGCAUAAACUCGGCUUUGGCGGCGGCUCUACUGUCUGGAUGGCUCAUGACCUCCAGGAGAAGAGGGAAGUGGCCCUUAAAGUCAUGGGUUUAGGGGACUGGGGGGAAAACGAAUACCGCAUGCAGGGCGAAAUCCGUCAGAAUGUGCAGGAUACCUCUCAUCUGGUGCUACCUCUAGGGACUUUUUUUCUCCCCGAAAACAAGCAUAGAGUGCUAGUGCUUCCUUUGAUGGGCCCAUGUAUUGACCCUAUUGCCUCGAAAAAAUAUCGAUGGCUAGUCGCAUGUCCGCUGCUCGGAAACUGCUAG